UUUCUAUGUUGCUGAAUGUAUGACCUUUUCGUGUUUCAGAAGGACUCACUGGUCAAGCCUUCGGUGGCCGAGUUGGCCGGGAGAUUCAAAGAUCACGUCACGCCGACGCCGACUCCGCACGACGAGAGGAAGCCUGUUAAAAGGAGGCCUCCUCCGUGCUCCCUGCAGCUUCACGACGUGAAACAUGACCACGGGGAACUGGAGAAACCCAGCAUCGUCUCUCCACACCCCCCCAGCAUCGUCUCUCCACACCCCCCCAAAUUCAAGAUGAAGACUUUCAAGAGUUCCCCUCUCAUCGAGAAGUUGCAGGCAAACCUAACCCUGUCGCCCACCUCUCUGCUACCCUCGCCCAAGAGUCCCGAGGUGAAGCUGGCGCCGACGCCCAUCUCCCCCGCAACCCAUUGCUUCUUUCCCACAAGCCCUUGCAGCCCCACCCUGAGGCCCCAGCUGUCCAGUGAGGAGGAGGAGCCGGUAUGCUUUGAGAGCCCGGCGGAGGGGACCCCAUUACUCAGCUUCAACAAG